CGACUUUCCCGUUCGGGUUUUCUUCCCAUCUUGGUUUCUUGCUCGAAGCUCAACCUUAACUCGACUUUAACUCAACCCACCCCCAAAACCACACCACACCCCAACCAACCACCCCCCAGAAAUGACCCCAGCAUGCGGCGCGUUGUCGUGACCGGCCUGGGCGCCAUCACGCCGCUCGGCGUGGGGGUGCGCCGCACCUGGCAGCGGCUGCUCGCAUCGGAAUCCGGGCUGGUCAGCGUCGCCGACCGCGGCCGGGACGCCGCCGAGCAGGCCCAGUGGCGCGGCCUGACCAGCACCGUCGCCGGCAUCGUGCCCUCCGCCCCAGACUCGGACCCGGACCCGGACCGGGCCCUCUCUAGGGGACAAGAGGACGACGGCCUCUGGCGCCCCGCCGACUGGCUCGACGCCGCCGACCAGCGCCGCAUGUCCACGUUCGCGCAGUAUGCUGCUGCUGCCGCCGAGAUGGCCCUGCGCGACGCCGGGUGGCGGCCGACGCGCGACGGGGAGCGCGAGAUGACGGGGGUUUGUCUGGGGAGCGGGAUCGGGAAUCUGGACGACUUUUAUGCGACUAGUGUCGCGUUUGACCGAGGGGGCUACAAGAAGGUCUCGCCGCUGUUUGUGCCCAAGAUCUUGAUCAACCUCGCCGCGGGGCAUAUUGCCAUGCGCUAUGGCCUGCGCGGGCCGAACCAUGCCGCCACCACGGCGUGUACCACCGGCGCCCACUCGAUUGGGGAUGCGGCGCGGUUUAUUGCCUUUGGCGAUGCCGACGCCAUGGUAGCGGGCGGUGCCGAGUCGUGCAUCCAUCCGCUUACGUUUGCCGGCUUUGGCCGGUCGAGGUCGUUGUCUACAGCGUAUAACCACGAUCCGUCGGCGAGCUGUCGGCCGUUUGAUGCUGACCGCUCCGGGUUCGUGGUUGCCGAAGGGGCUGCUGUGGUCGUCCUUGAAGAGUUGGAGCAUGCUAAGCGGAGGGGUGCCAGGAUCCUGGCAGAGUUGAAGGGGUAUGGGUGCAGCGGUGAUGCACACCACAUGACGGCCCCGAGAGAAGAUGGGUCGGGAGCGCUGUCGGCCAUGAAAAAAGCGCUGAAGAACGCCGGGGUCAAGCCUGGCCAGGUUGAUUACAUCAACGCCCAUGCCACCGGCACACAGGUUGGCGACGCUGCUGAGACGAUGGCCAUCCGGACUUUGAUGAUGGGCGAAGAAGGUGUGGAUGAUGAGAGCAAGAUCACGACCAGCAGUACAAAAGGGGCCAUUGGUCAUCUUCUUGGAGCAGCCGGCGCUAUUGAGGCCGUGUUUUCGAUUCUCGCCAUCACCGAAAACGCCGUCCCCCCUACGCUCAAUCUGUGCAAGCCGGAUGUCGGCGCACAAUUCAACUUCGUGCCGCAUGAAGCACAGCAGAAGGAGGUCAAAGUGGCAGUAUCCAACAGCUUUGGCUUUGGCGGUACCAAUGCCUCGCUCGUGUUCUCGGAGCUGGACUAGCACAUGGAGCACAGGUCCAUGUAUUUUAGUGUAAGUACCUAUCUUGUAUGCAUAUAAGUCAGGCAUGAAGAACGGAAUGCCAUACAAUUGACCCGUAAAUUAAUCACAUUUUCACA